AUGGCCGCCAAUGGACAGAAUGGCGCCGACGCCGCCACGACGCUGGGCCCCGAGUUCACAAAGGAGGUCAUCAACUCCAUGGGCCCCAACACGGACCCGCGACUGCGCGAGAUCAUGACGUCGCUCAUCGGCCACCUGCACGACUUUGCGCGCGACGUGCGGCUGACGAGCGACGAGUGGCUGGCGGGCGUCAACAUGAUCAACUGGGCUGGCCAGAUGAGCAACGAGAAGAGGAACGAGGGGCAGCUCAUCUGCGACAUUCUGGGGAUGGAGUCCCUCGUCGACGAUAUUACCUACACUGCCGCCACCAAGGCAUCCUCCAACCUCACAGCCUCAGCCAUCCUGGGCCCCUUUUACCGCGAAGACCACCCUGUCCGCCAGAACGGCACCACCAUCUCCUUUGACACACCCAAGGACGCCCAGGUCGCCUACAUGCACGGCCGCGUCACGGAUGCCGCGACCGGAAAGCCCCUCGCCAACGCGGAGAUUGACAUUUGGCAGGCGUCCACCAACGGCUUGUACGAGCAGCAGGACCCGGACCAGAAGGAUCUCAACUUGCGCGGCAAGUUCAUCACGGACGAGGAGGGACGGUAUGCGCUGUACUGUCUCCGACCAACACCCUAUCCGUUGCCCCCCGAUGGCCCUGCUGCCCAAAUGCUGCGCGCCAUGGAUCGUCACUUUUACCGCCCCGCGCACAUCCACUUCCUCGUCCGCGUACCCGGGUACAAGCAGCUGGUGACGCAGAUCUUUGACAGGGACUGCAAGUACCUCGAGAACGACACGGUGUUUGCCGUCAAGCCGGAGUUGGCGGUGGAGUUUAAGCCGCGCAAGGGCGGUCCGGAGGCGGAGUGGGAUCUGGAGUAUGACAUCAAGCUGGGGGCUACCGGGGCGUAACUUGUACGAGAGUAUUUGUCUAUUGAAGUUCCUUGUCAAUGUUGAGCGAGCUUUUGUUGAAGUUUUCUUUGGGUUGUGGAUGUGAUGGACAGGGUGCUAGGCUUUGGUCCAUUCUCUCCAAGAAAUUGUGUUCUUCUAAGAGUGACUUGUUAAAUCUGAUUCGUCUUGUUUUUAUGUCCUCACCGACGACUUCAAAAGUCAACCAUGGACAGCUGAUAGGUCUCGUUUACGCCCAGCAACGAGUGUCAACCGCAGAGUAUGGCCAAGUGACAAUUCAUAUAAAUCAAUGCUAUGCUAUAUCGGACAUCAAAUCCUACAAUCUCGGCUGCUCCUCCUGCUCCGACCCAAUGACCACACCAUUCGGCAGCUGAAGCCCUAUCGGCAGACCGCAGAUAAACUUGCCACUGUACUUCUGCCCGUUCUGCGCCGCAAUCUUCUCCUCAAUGUCCCUGUACAUGUCGU